GUGCAGAACUCCGGUAGAAGGUGGGCGAAGCCAACUCCAUAAGUAAGCCGUUAUUUGGACAGGGAUCAGGGUCAGCGUAAGACGGUUGCGGCUGUGUUGCUGGUAGCCAGGACAAAUGACGACUUGGACGCGGCUAAGCCAUUGCACCUAAGCCUUCGCAAUUACAACUGCAACUCUCCAGUUUCAUUCCCCAAUCGCCAAGAAGAAAAAAAUCGCUGCCAACUGAACAAAUCCUCAGAUCCUCUCUAGGCUUUGAAGCGGGGAAUAUCCUUAACGGGACACAUCAUGCCGCGGAAAUCGGGCACGGGAUGCGUGACAUGCCGGAUCCGGCGGGUCAAGUGCGACGAGGCAAAACCAAACUGCCAACGCUGCCUCAACUCCAAGCGCCAGUGCGAUGGCUAUCUUCCAGGCGACUCGACCGUCACCCGGCGCCAGCUCGCAGAGGCGGUGCGCCAACUCGGCGUCAUCGGGCCAGUUUCCAAGGCUCUCACGCAGUAUCCGGGACAGCGCAGCAGCAGCUCAUCGCCCAUCGACAACUUGUCCCUGUUCGAUGUCUUUCGCAAGUUGACGGCGCCUUCGACGGCGAAUUUCCUGCCCUCCAGGUUCUGGACCGGCGAGUUGCUCCAGCUCGCCCACAGCGAGCCCGCCGUGUGGCACGCGACCCUUGCUCUGGGCGCUCUGCACCAGAAGCAUGAGCUGGCGAGCCAGGGAAUUGGCCGUGACCACCGAGUCGACGUCUUCUCGAAACUGGCAAAUCAGAACUACGCGCAGGCUGUCUCGCAUGCCCAGGGGCUGAAAGACCCAGGCAAGCUCCUCUCCCUGAGCCUCGCGCUGCUAUCCAUCACCAACAUGAUGGGUCGGUGGGGCGAAAGCCAAGUCCACAUCAUGGCUGGUCAUCGUCUGGUGGAUCAAACAAAGGGCCACCCCUCGACAAAGGUCGCCGCAGAGAUGUUGAUGCGUCUUGAUCUUCAGGCCAUGACCUUUUCGGAAUCGAGCGCUCCGUAUCCUUACCACGAGGCUCCCGACCUGACCGAAGUCACCAAGUGCAUGCGACAGGCGCCGUCUAUAGAGAAUUACGACCAGGCAGGCACCUCUCUCUUCACCCUGGUUAGGCGGUUCCUGCUCGCCGACGAGGCUGCUUGCCAAGGUACUACUGGCGAGGUGGCCGAGAAGCUCAUGAUGCGUGACCUCCUCCAGGACCUCGUCGACUGGGAGUUCAAGAUGGCCGUCUUCGAGAGGAACAGGUGGACGGGCGAACCGGCUGCCAUGUCAAUCAGGCUCUACCAUACUCUUCUGCGAGUUAUGUUGGCUGGGGGGAGAUUUGGGCCAGACACGCGAUGGGAUAAUCUCUUGGGUUAUUUCGAACGCGCCAUCGCCUACGUGGAGGCUAUACUGGUAGCUACUGCAACUCCGGAACCUCGUUCACCACUCUCCCUGGAGCCGGGGCUCCUCAUCCCCUUAUUCCUUUCCGUAUCGAAAUGCCGACACCCGUUUCUGAGGAGCCGCGCGGUACGGCUGUUGCAGAAUUUGAAGAGACAAGAAGGCAUGUGGUUUAGCGACGGCACGGCAGCUGUAUGUGCCAAAAUAAUGUCAAUAGAGGGCCAGACCAUACAAAUGGGUGAUCUCCCCCCCAUACCCCCUCCCCAGGAUAUCCCCUGGGAAGCGUGGUCGAUGGGAGCGGUGCAUCCGCAGGCUUCGCUGAGCUGGGAGGGCGUGGAGAUUGUGCCUGAGAUCAUGCGCGUUCGCGAGACGUUGGUGAUGGUGACGAUUGAUGAGAGGCGCGUUGAUCUGACCUUUAUCAUGUGCUCUGGCGAUGAUAUUGGCACAUAUGGUGAAGCUCGUUUUGAGUCUAUUACGUAUUGAGCAAGCGAAGCGGAGGAUUGAACCAAAGUCUUUGACGAUACCCAAAUGCGAAGUCUUAUUCCUGGCACUCUGUGGUUUACAGCAGAUAUUCAUCAAUUAAUCUAUACUGACUCGGUCGGCUUAAUUUAAACAUUCUACUUGUCUUAUUCAGUCCCAUAAGAGUUAUCGUGGAU